AUCACAGACCGAUCUGUGUGUCGGAGAAUUGUGAUGGAAAAGGGCAACGAGCAGAGCCUAACGACGUCGUUUCAGAAACUCCAUCUCAGUCCCAUUUCCAAAUCUAAGCCUUCCGUCAUCCCUCCGACUUUUCAAUCCUCCAGAUCACCUAUUGAGAAGACAAAGCCUCCAAGUUUGGAAAGUCUGUGCCUCGGAGUUGUAGGGAAGCAUUUUGAGGAUAUCAUUGGGGACUUGGGUGAGAUUGCGGUGAACUUUCCAGCAGAUACUAAGAUGGCAAUGGCAGCAAUUGCUAGGAGAAGACAGUUACUUAAUGAUGAUGUCAUCAUCUCAUUGGCCGAAAGUUCAUGGGAAAUCCUUGAUAUCUCUGGUUCAGAUGUUUCUGAUUUUGGUUUGGCAAAGGUGGCAGAGAGAUGCAAAGUUCUCCGAGCUGUAGAUAUAAGCCGAUGCAGCAAAGUCACUGCAGCUGGUGUUUCCGAGCUUGUGUGGCAUUGUCAUUCCUUAGAGACAUUGAGAUGCGGAGGGUGCCCGAGAAGUGACCAUACCGCACGCCAAUGCUUGGGUAUCUUCAAACCAAAGCUGAAUGAUAUCGAGGGAGAAUCUUGGGAGGAACUUGAUCCCACAGAGAUUGCUCAUGGUGCAGAGUCAUUGCGCUGGCUCUUGUGGCCAAAAAUUGAUAACAAUUCAUUGGAGAGCUUUGCUGCCGAAUGCCCACGCAUCAUAGUAAACCCAAAGCCAUCGCCUUUCGGUUUCAGAGGGGUCAAGGUUCCAGUGGAAGCACUGCCAAACGUAGCACUGGAUGAGCCCAUCGUUAAGGAUAUUGAUCCCCGAACAUGGGCGGUUAGUGGGUUUACAGCAAGACCAACAGCUCCGUCAAGUCCCAGCUCCACAGAGUUGCCCAUUGCUGAAAAAUUUAGACUUGCGUUUGUGGAGAGAGACAGCCGAUUAGCACCAAAGCGAGCAAAGAAUGCAAGGCAACACCUGCGGAGGGCAGAGAGGGAGUGGGUUAUGACAAGCACAAGGGCAAAGGCAUUAGCUCUGGCCUCACAAGCCAGCAAGUCUCUACAUGGUCGGAAUUAGUUGGUACACUUCCAAUGGUCAUUGCCUAUUUUAAUUAUAUUUUUAAUUUUAAUGCUUGUAUAUUACGAAACUGUAAAAUAUGUUUGAAUAAUGAUGAAGAUGGUGAGGUUUGUUAAAAUUUCCGGGAUUUUUUAUACCGUAACCAGAAAUUUACCAGAAACAAUAAUUACAUCC